AUGGAAGACCAUUAUCGAGACCACACCUCCCUGGUCAAAGGAGCUAAAGACCUGGCCAAAGAGGCCAAACGCCAGGCGAUCAAAAAGGUCAACAAGGCCGUCGACCGAGCUUCUGACGAAUUCUCCAGCCACUCCUACAGCCGUUUCCAGGACGAUGAAGACGAAGGAGACGGCGACGAAGAUCAGUACUACUACCGUCACGGCCAGCAGGACGGGAAGGCGCCCCGUGAGAACGAGGAAGAUGAAGGCUCCAGCGAUGCCACAGAGGGUCAUGAUGACGAAGAUGAGAUCUACGAGGGCGAGUAUCAGGGCGUCCCCGCCACGAUGGGGGAUGGGCGUCGGGUGGCGCUGGGGCAGCCAGUCGCUGAUGGAGCGAAGGAUCGGAGAGAGCUGGAGAAAGAGAGGGAGGCGGAGGAAGAAGAGUUGGCCCAGCAGUACGAACUGAUCAUUCAGGAGUGUGGGCACGGACGGUUCCAGUGGCAGCUGUUUCUGGUGCUGGGUUUGGCACUCAUGUCUGAUGGGGUGGAGGUGUUUGUGGUGGGGUUUGUUCUGCCGAGCGCUGAGACAGAUAUGUGUGUGCCCAACUCUGGAGCUGGCUGGCUAGGCAGUAUCGUCUACCUGGGCAUGAUGGUUGGCGCGUUUUUCUGGGGGGGUCUGUCGGACAAGGUGGGCCGGCGACAGUGUCUACUGGUCUGCAUGUCUGUCAGUGGUUUCUUUGCUUUCCUCUCUUCCUUUGUCCAAGGCUACAGCACAUUCCUCUUCUGUCGCAUGCUGUCCGGCUUCGGGAUUGGUGGAGCUGUGCCCAUCGUGUUCUCAUUCUUCUCUGAGGUCCUGGCUCGGGAAAAACGGGGAGAACAUCUGAGCUGGCUGUGUAUGUUCUGGAUGAUUGGGGGGAUCUAUGCCUCUGCCAUGGCCUGGGCCAUUAUACCACACUAUGGCUGGAGUUUCAGUAUGGGUUCAGCAUAUCAGUUCCACAGCUGGAGAGUGUUUGUGGUGGUCUGCGCCCUGCCCUGCGUCUGCGCAGUCGUAGCACUCACAUUCAUGCCUGAGAGCCCACGCUUCUACCUAGAGACGGGGAAACAUGACGAGGCUUGGAUGGUCCUCAAGCAGAUCCAUGACACCAAUAUGCGGGCUCGUGGCCAACCAGAGAAAGUCUUCACUGUGAAUCGUAUUAAGAUUCCCAAACAGCUGGAUGAACUGGUGGAGAUGCAGUCUGAGUCGGCUCACCCUGCCUCAAAAGUCCUGUUCAGGAUUAAAAGUGAACUGCGUGGCAUCUGGCUAACAUUCAUGCGAUGCUGGGACUACCCUGUAAAAGACAACACUGUCAAACUGGCCAUUGUCUGGUUCUCUCUGUCUUUUGGAUAUUAUGGGCUGUCCGUCUGGUUCCCUGAUGUCAUCAAACACUUACAGGCAGACGAGUAUGCGUCCCGUGUGAAGAUCCAUGAGAAUGAACGCAUUGAGGAUUUCACAUUUAACUUCACCCUAGAGAACCAGAUCCAUACCAAUGGAGUCUUCAUCAAGGACAGGUUCAUCAGUAUGAAGUUUAAAUCUGUCACCUUCAAAGACUCCACAUUCCUGAAUUGCCAUUUUGAGGAUGUAACUUCAGUUGGAUCAUUCUUCAAGAAUUGCACUUUCAUACAGGUGGAGUUCUACAACACUGAUAUCGAUGACUCCAAGCUGAUUGGUUCAUCAGUGAUUAACAGUACAUUCUCUCAUAAUAAAACGGGUUGUCAAAUGACCUUUGAUGAUGACUACAGUGCUUACUGGGUCUACUUCGUCAACUUUUUGGGAACACUGGCUGUGUUGCCAGGCAACAUAGUGUCUGCCCUCCUCAUGGACAAAAUAGGACGGCUGAGCAUGUUAGGGGGUUCGAUGGUGCUCUCUGGGAUUAGUUGUUUCUUCCUGUGGUUCGGCACCAGCGAGUCCAUGAUGAUUGGAAUGCUCUGUCUCUAUAACGGGCUCAGCAUUUCUGCUUGGAACUCUCUCGAUGUGGUCACGGUGGAGCUCUACCCCACAGACAGGAGGGGUACUGGGUUUGGGUUCUGUAAUGCCAUGUGUAAGCUGGCUGCAGUUCUGGGGAAUCUGAUUUUUGGCUCGUUGGUUGGCAUCACUAAAGCCAUACCCAUCCUGCUGGCAUCAGGGGUUCUUGUGAGCGGCGGGCUGGUGGGUCUACGGCUACCGGACACCCGCUCCAAUGUCCUUAUGUGA